AUGCCACUGCCCCGACUGCUGUUUCUGUUCUGGGUCUGCGAGUGGGCACCUGGAAACCACUUUCUUCUCCCUAAGGUGUCCACGGUUACCUAUGAGACAUACAAGCUGGAACUGAAGUCCAGCCUAGUGAAAGUGCAGGAGGGUCUGUGUGUUCUCGUGCCCUGCACAUUCUUUGAACAGUCUGGGAACCGAAGCUCAGACAUGGUCUUUGGCUACUGGUUCAGAGCAGGGGCAAAUACAGACCAUGAUUUGCCCGUGGCUACAAACAACCCAAAUCAACCGGUGAAGAAUCAGGGUCAGUUCCAUCUCGCCGGGGACCCAAGGAACAAUGAUUGCUCUCUGGACAUCAGAGAUGUGCAGAGGACCUACAGCGGUUCUUACUUCUUCAGGAUGGAAAAAGACUCCUUAAAGUGGAAUUACUAUAUGGAUCAGCUCUCUGUGCAAGUGACAGCCCUCACUCACAUCCCCAACAUCGACAUUCCACAAACGCUGGAGCUUGGCCUUCCUACCAAUGUGACGUGCUCUGUGCCAUGGGCCUGUGAGCGGGGGACGCCUCCCAUCUUCUCCUGGAUGACAACUGCCCUCGCAUCUCUGGGCCCCAGGGCCACCCUCUCCUCAGUGCUGACCCUCACACCCAGGUUCCAGGACCAUGGCACCAACCUUAUCUGCCAAGUGGCCUUCCCUGGAGUCGGUGUGACUGUUCAAAAAACUGUCCAGAUCAAUGUCUCCUAUACUACACAGAACGCCACAACCCAUGCCCCUGGAGGAGCUGGUCCAGGGAUAUCAGGGCCCCUGGCAGAGGUGGUUCUCGUGGCCAUUGGAGAGGCGACUAUCAAAUUCCUGAUUCUUGGGAUCUGUUUCUUCUUCCUCAGCAUAAAAUCCCAGAGGAAGAAAGUAGAGAGGCCAGCAACACAGGUGGACUAUGCAGAAACUGCCAUGGAUUAGUCUCUCAGUCACAACAGAACCUCCAGUCCUCCAAAAAGUGUAUUUGCUGGGCUAUCCGAGAGACCCAUCUGACCUCCAAGUGCCAGUUUCUCCUUGCUGAAGUCUGCUGAUACUCUCUGGUUCUAGCAGGUAGCCAAAGGGGCACUGGAACCACUUAGAAAUGACAUUACAAUGAGAUUCUCUCCAUUCCUGUGGCUGUGAAGGUAGCUGGCAUUACACGACGGAUCCAUCACACCCAGGUCAAGCAAAUAGAAGCCAUGGACAAUGAUGCCAACUGGACUGUCUCUGGACUAUGUACAUUAAAACUAAGGUUUCAUUGGGCCCCAGGCCUUUUCACUCCCUGCCCCUCUACGUCCUCCUGAGUUUUAUGCUUUUUUCUAUGGGUAUGAAGGGUAUGAGUAUAGAGUUAUGGUCUGACCCCCACAGGCCUUAGGCCUGGACCUAGGACUGAGAAAGACAGAUACAGGAUAUGUAUUUGCUAGUUGACUAUAGGCCAGCAACCCAUAUUCAUCUUGACUUUUGCUCACUCAUCCCCACUUUGUUUGGUUGUAUUGAAACAAAGCAAAGAUAUGGGGGAUUAUCUUUUGAGACAGAAAUACCAAGUUUACAAUUUUAUGCAUUCCCUAAGGCUGGGACCCUUAGGUGCCAGGAACAAAGGUGUUUCCAAUUCAAAACCUGUAGUUAGAAAAACCUGAAAAAUCUUUUAAAAAGAUUCCAGUCUUCGGAAAACUUGGAGGAUCACUCUAUACCAUAGGAAAGGACCCUGGGAAUAGAGUUAUUCAUUCCCAGCCAGAAAUCAGCCAGGAUUGCUGGUUAUGCUUAGAUACCCAGCUCCCAUACUAUAUAGGAUAGGAGCUAACCAGCCUGUCAGCCCAUUGAGUGACAACUCACUGUGACUGGGAACCACCCAAAUUAUAAGGACCUAAAAGAGACUAAAACUUGUCUACUAUUCCUGAAUCUUUAACCUAGGCACUUCCCUUAAUUCUGACACCUGCUAUUCGGCCUUGUGGGUUAGCACAUCUGGACACCAGCAAUAUUACCAAGCCCCUGAGACUAAUUGGUAGGCACAUACCAAUGGCUUGACUAAAUGUGCCCUUUCUAAUGCUUUCCAAACUAAGUGACAGGUUGAUCGGGACCUAGAGGUUUUAAACAGUUCUGUUUCUGGACUAAAGCUACAGUAAUAUACAGUUAGAUACUGAAAUGGUCCCAAAAAACUGUUCCUGAGAUAAAGGCAACAAUAAAUAGCUUUGGAAGAAACCUGUUGUUUCUAUGCUAAUUAAUCAGGAGUAAUGGAAACAAAAAUCUCGCUGUGGCUGGGGGAAAAAGACUCAAAAAGAGAAGAGACACAGACAAAAACCAAAUAAUUGACACCAGUCUGUUCUCUUGGUUUGUUCCCUGCCCCCCUCUCGUAGCACUGGCUGGGUCUCUACUUCUGAUUGGAUUAACACAGGUGUCCUGCAUCUU